AUGGACUGCACUCACCUGCAUGCCGGCGGGCUGAUUGGCAGUCCCCACCUUCGCAGCGAUGGCGACUUACAGUGUGUGAAGAAGCACUUCUGCUGCUUCGCCCAAAGCGCAGAAAAAGUGAAUUUCCCCCUGGAGGUAGGCACUCCCAAGGAGAAGCAGAGAAGGCACAGAAACGUCUUUGACCGAUUGACGGACGCGAAUUUUUACACCGGAAUGCACAAGCAGAAGUUUGACACGUUAAGGAGUAGAGCGGCUUCGGAAGGGACUUCUCAAAAGUGCAAGCUCAACAACCUGCUGACGCGGGGAGGUAACCCAGCCGAACAACCCCCACGGGGUAUUUUUCAGAAGAAGGGGAAAACGGGCAAACCAUGCGUAGUUCCGCUGGGGGUGCAAAAAUAUGGGAUUCAAAUUGCACGGCCAAAAAAUAUCUGGCUGUUUCGCAACGGAGAUGAACACCACAACGGGCUCCUUUUCCUGGUGAAACCUCAUGUGCACAAUUGGACGUCGCUGCUGAGCGAAAUUACCAAAGUGCUGGGCCCCACCAUCGGACCUGUAAGGACUAUUUACAACGCGAACUUUCGUCAGGUGCACACGGUCGAGGCGCUGAACGACGGGGAGAAGUACCUGUGUACGUCGGGGGAGCCCCCCGCGCGCGUGGACAGGCUGAGUCGCUUCCUCAGUCGCUGGGUGAUGCACGGCGGCGGCCCCCACGCGGGGUAG